AUGGGUCACUACAACAACUAUUAUGGAGGCCUAGGCAAUGGCUAUGGAGGCUUUGGGGGCCUGAGCUAUGGCUAUGGCUGUGGGUAUGGCAGUUUCUGUAGACUGGGCUAUGGCUGUGGCUUUCAUGGCUAUGGAUAUGGCUCUGGCUAUGGAGGCUACGGGUAUGGCUACAGCAGCCCACUUACCUAUGGAGGAUAUGGGUUCUUCACCUUCUACUGA